UUCCAGAACAUAUUAGAGAAAUUUAAUCCCGGUGCACGUCAACUCAUCUCCACGGGCAAGGGUUAUCUCAAAGCUCUGCAUGGUGCUGCAUCUGCGUCACGUCUAUUCAAUGAAGCAUUAGCCAAGCUGGCAAUGAAUGCACAACAAAGUGGAACUAACGAUAUUGGUGCGGCUUUAAUGAACGUCGUCAGCGUUUACAAAGAAAUUCAAGAACAACAAAUGAAUAUUUUAAAAGCGUUCUAUGUUGAUUUAUUGGUGCCAUUGGAAACAAAUUUGGAAAAGGAUACAAAAGUUGUACAACAUGAACAAAAGAAAUUCUUGCAACAGCACAAAGUACGCAUGGAGAGUUAUCAGAAGGCAGUCUCCACAAUGAAAAAGCAACGCAAGAAAAAGGCUAGUGCAGAGAAUACGGAAAAAGAGUUAAGGAAUCUCCAAAUAUUGGAGGAUCAAAAAAAGAAAUUGGAUACGUUCUGCGAACAAAGCUACAAAAAUGCCAUGACACAGGAGCGCCGUCGGUAUGGUUUCGUGCUUGAACGCCAAUGUUCCAUAGCCAAGCAUUGGAUGGCCUAUCACAGCACUGGCAAGAUGGUAAUUGAUAACAAUUUGGAAAAUUGGCAAGAAAUUGCCGCUUCACGUGAAGUGAUACCAGCGGCUGCCUUGUAUGAGAUGGGCGGCGGCGGUGGUGGCGUUGGCAGCUACAGCAAUGCCAGCAGUGGCAAGAGGAUGGAGCGUCUCAAAGAUGGUGAGGACAUGCAUGCCGUUGGCAAUUCGUCAUCAUCACAGCUGAAGAAAUCACGCAGCGUGGACGCGCCCUACGGCGAUAUGCGUACCUUGCACGAAAGCCAUGUGAGCUAUACGCAGAAUUCGCUGCCGCGCGCCAAAUCCGACUACAAUCUGACAACGGUGACGAACUCCAAUGACCACACCGAUCACGGCCAAUGGGAUCAACGACCUGUGGUGAAAGCGCUCUAUGCCUACAUGCCUUCGGGUGAAAAUCAGCUGCCCUUCGAUGAGGGCGAUCGCAUUGCUUUGGUCGGCAGCAAGGCCAAAGGUUGGCAGUUCGGUGAGAAUUUACGCACUCAAAUGUUCGGUUGGUUCCCCAUCGCUUACACCAAUGCUGAGGGCGGCGGCGCUGGUGAACGUGAAAAAUAUCGCGUGAAUGAACGUCACACCGAACGCAGCAGCGAUCGUUAUGAGAAUGUGCAUUACGAGCGUAAUGGCGGCAUGCGCAACUAUCAGGAUCAUUAUAUGCCCGAGGUGCAUAUGGAUCCUGCCAUGGAGAGCGAUUCAACAUACCGCCGACGCAAUAAUAGCGCCGAGGAGUCAUCGCCGACGCGUAUGUUCGGCGACACAUUCAGAAAUCAAAAGAAGUAUCGCGCAUCAGCCAGCGGCGCAAAUCCACGUCCCGGUCCACCACCUACACUACCAGCACCAGUGCCAUCGAAUAGUCAGAGUCAGAGUCAAAGUGCCAGUCGUAUAUUGAAUACAUCGCAAAGCUUUUGUGGCGCCCCGAAUGGCGUGCCCUCGGUGAUGGAGCGACGCAAGCAACAUAAGCUACAAAAUGGACCACAAGCUGCACAUAAUCGUUCUAUUCUAUCUGCCAAACAACAGUCCACAUCGAUGAGCGCUGGCAGUGGUGGUAGUCAAUUGAAACCCGCCGCGGCUGCUAAGACUUCAUUGCACAGCAGCAAUGAUAGUGGCUUUGCCAAUGAGCCGCCGCCACAACCCGAAAUUGAUUACUCGGAUGAGGAGCAAACGAGUCGAGUGCCCAUACGUCGUCGUGCUGACACCAAUUCCCAUAUUUCACGAGACGUCACCUCGUGGACACUGAAUCGCAAUUUCCGUAACAGCGUCGACAGUCAGAUUGACGACAAGGCUUUGAAUGGCCUCAGCCGACGUAAUACGAAAAUGCGUUAUGAUCUUAUUGCCAGUGAUGACGAAAUACUGCAAGCUUCGAGUAGCGGCAUAAAGCGAACAAAGUCUUUUUGGAAAUUUGGUGGACGCGGCGAAGAUAUACUGGCGGGCAUGUCGCUCUGGCAACAUCGUGAUUUAGUAGCCGCACCAAAUCUAGAGGAUUUGCGCACUGAUAGUCCACCGCACAAGGAGAAUGGACACGUGGAACAUGACGAUGAACCUGAAAAUGGGGUCGAACGCGACCGUGAGCGGGAGCGUUCGCGUAAUAACAUCGACAAAAAUGGCACGCUAACCAAAUCACACUCCAACAAUUCAACUUCAUCGGCGGAAAAGCGUCGCAAUGACAGCGUUACCAGCAUGGAAGUGUACGAUGAUGACGAGAAUAUCUAUGGCAUGAGCCCGGCGGUGAAGCGCGAGAAUAUCAUUUUAGCCAAUCGCAACUCAAUACAAUCGAAUGCGACCACAAUGCGCGCAGAGUACACGCCCAAAUCGCGCAUGAAAAUCAUGAAAACGAUCGAGAUCGAUAUUGAAAAUCCAAUAGAAAGCGAGAGAUUGAGCACAAUAAAGCGUGGCCAAAAAGAAUAUCAGAAGGAGUAUCGUGAAACGGCUGGCAUGCUGCCACAGGUGAAUAUAAAUAGUGCGCGCGCCAGUGAGAACAAGAACAAAAGUGGUACCACGACUGGCAUGCAGUCGUCACGCCGCGAAACAAUGAGCAACAGCCACAAGAAGCACCAGACCAACAAUGUGGAUGCUAACGUUGGAAAGCAUGCCAGUCUGCAGCAAAUGAAAUCGAGCGGUAGUGGUGGUCAAUCACAGACGCGUGGUAAGCAGCAAGAUUUUCCGCACUCCACCGAAGAUGAGGACGCCGACAGCGACGACAAUGGCACGCUCAAGAUGAGUGACGUCAAUAACUUCUUCGACGAUAUCUCACACGAGAAUACCACUGGCGGCAUGAUUAUGAAGACAGUGAAGCGCAAGGAUAUACUGAAGCAGUACUACACCAGUGAGGAUGAAUCCGAUGAUGUGGAAAUCAAAUCGACCAGCUCGGACCCCUACGACUGCAUAGUAAUUAAUGAUCAUUUGGUGCGCAAGGACGAGAAACAUCGGCGCCAGCUACACAACUCCUAUCAGGAGCAUCAAAUGGAGUUUCAAACAUUUCGCGCCACAACCACAUCCGCGGCUAUGCAGCAACAGGGCGGCAACAAGAAGAAUAAAUUAAAUGGCGGCGAGCAACGUAAUGGCAGUGGUGGGGGCGGAGCCGGCGGUGUUGCGGGCGGCGGCAAAUCGAAGAAGCAACAGGAGUUACACGAACAAGAGAGAGAGCGAGAUAGGGAACGCGAGCGCGAGCGUGAUCGCUACAGCAUGAAUAACAGUUCGACGCUGACACGAAACUCGAACGUCAAUACAAAUUCGGUUAUGAAUACACCCACAGCAACAAUAUUGCCACGCACGCGCCUCAUAAAAUCGAGCAACAUGACAAGUAUGACUUUAGAGCGCGCAUCAAAAUCAAAUAAAUCACGCGAAAAUGGGCACGCGAGUGCUGGUGGUGGUGGUGGGGGUGGUAGUGACAAAGAGCGGCAUCAUUAUGGCAAAACAUAUGGGCCGUGGUAUGAUUUUUGGGAUCAACAGGAUCAAAAUACACUCGUGAGCCGCAAGUCCAUGAAUAAUGGGAAAAUAUGAGGUGGCGAGUGAACAGGAAUUUUAGCAAGAAUUUUCAGAGGGCAACAAAGUACAUUAUUUGAAAAGAAAUUGCAUUUGGGCGGUGGUUUGAGGGUAGUUAAGAGGCAUCAAUUUGCUAAGCAACAUAGCCAGGCAACCGAACGGUUUCGCAGCUGGUAGCAGCUAAAUGCAAAGAAAGAAAUUUGUUGCAACGUUCUGGAUACAGGAGCAAGUACGCUAAAGGUCCUUGAAAAAAAAAUAUGAAGAGUAGGAUAAAUUCAUAUAUGUAAUUAAAAUUAAAAUACAUAAAAUUAGUGCCAAGAGGAAAGUUGGAAAUGGCUUUCAGUUAGGUCCUAAGUUUUAAACUAAAUAUUAAUAUAAUAAUCUGAACAAACGCACAAAAAGAAUUUUUUUUAGUUGGAAUUUUACUUGUUUUCGUUACGCAUGAAAACUAUUUUGGAAAGGCACAAACCGUUAGUAACUAUUUUCGAAUAUACUAGAUGCUUAGCAAGCGCGCAGCAAUUAUCUUCUUGUUUACACGAUGCGAAAAACUUUCCAUCUUAACCUUUGCCUAACUUUUAAGUAAUGUUUGAAACAUUUGCACAAGCAACAUGCUGCUGAAACAUUUUUUCCCGAUUUUAUUACUUACUUUCGGUCCUCAGCUGGAACUGACUCUUACGAAAAUAAGCGAUUUAUUAAAUAUGUACUGCCUGAAGACACAUGUUGCUAGCAACAUUUUGUGAGAUACAAAUUUUGCCGUUUUAAGCUACAGAACAAAACAGUUUUUGUAAACAUUAUAGCGUUUUCAGUUUAAAUGAAACCAUUUUCUAAUUAAGUAAAACCUUUUUCAAAAUAAAUUAAACCUUUUUCAGGCUA